AUGAGUUCUGCCAAAGAAGUUCAGUGUGUCUCCACAACCAAGGUCCGACCAGCGAAUUACACAAGUCAUAAGCGAAUUGAUUUGAAUUCAUGGGAUAUAAAACCUCUAGGAUAUCAAUACAUGCAAAAGGGACUUCUCUUCACAAAUUUACAGCAACCACUGCGGAAGCAAGAAGAAGAGACGAACAUUAACGGUGUCGGCGACAUGAUAAGUCAACUCAAAACCUCAUUGUCAUGUACCCUUGAUAAUUUCUUUCCUUUAGCUGGUCGUCUUGGUAUUGAGAAACAUGAAGCUGAUGACACGAUCUCGGUGUAUAUCGAUUGCAACUUUGAGGGUGCAGAGUUUAUUCACGCCACUGCGGAGAUAUCCGUAGACGACAUCCUCUCCCCAGCCUAUAUUCCUCAAAGCGUCAUCAAUCCAUUGUUCCCCCUCAAUGGGGUAAUGAAUUACGAGGGUGUAUCACAGCCUUUGCUUUCAAUUCAAGUGACGGAGCUACUCGACGGUAUAUUUAUCGGGUGCAGUGCAAACCAUUCGGUCUGUGAUGGCACCUCGUUCUGGCAAUUCAUUAAUACAUGGUCUGAAAUCUGUAGAUCAUCCAAUAAUUAUACUCCUGUUGGUCCGAUUUUUGAGCGCUGGUUUAUGAAUGACACAGAUUGCCCUCUCCGGCUUCCGUCCUCAUUCGCCGAUAAAUUUUUGGCAUCAAAAAAGCCCACAAGUGAUCCUAUUAUUCCAUCGUUACAUCGUUACGUAGAGAAAUGUUUUCAUUUCACUAAAACAAACAUUGCAAAGUUAAAGGCGGCUGCCAAUUCAGAGGUAAUAUCAACGAACGAAAAUACGUUACUUUCUUCGCUGCAAGCCGUAUUAGCUCAUGUUUGGAUAGCGGUAACACGCGCGAGAAAGAGCUUAAAUGUUAACUACAACGAAAAUGAACAGACUAUGUUUGGGUUAAUGAUGAGUAACAGAGCCAAGUUUAUUCCACCCUUGCCUGAAGCCUACUUCGGCAACUCAUUAACCUUUGGGAUGGUCAUCGCAAAGGACGAUGAGGUGCUCGAGAAGGGAUUUGGUUUCUUAGCUUCGUUAUUGAAGGAGGUGGUUAACUCCCACAGUGAUGAAAAGAUUAAGAGUGCCAUCGAAUCAUGGGUUAAGAAACCUUUUAUCCUAAGUUCUGGUGAAAUUUCAGGAUCGGGUAACAAAAACUUAGUGGCGAGGAGUUCCCACAGGUUCAAUAUGUAUGGAAAUGAUUUUGGUUGGGGACGCCCUGUUGGGUUAAAAGCCGGUUCAAGCGGAAAAUCUAGUGGAAUGACUAGUGUGAGUCCAGGACCAGUUGAAGGAAGUAUUGACAUUGAAAUUGUCCUUCCAAUUGAGGUUUUUCAGGCCAUGGAAAGUGAUGCUGAAUUCAUGGAAGCCUUCUCAACUUAG